UCAAAAGUGUCAACAAAUCAAUUGGACAAUUUAUAUAGUUCGUGAUGGAAGUAAUGAUUUUGUGAAUAAUCUAACGAAUAAACGACCAUGUUUGCCCUCUUGAACAAUUCUCUACAAAAGAUACUUUCUUGACACUUGUAGAUCCAAAAUGGAAAAAGAGAAAAAGAAACGGGACAUGAUACACUCAACUCAGUCCCAAAAUAUUCUUCGAAAUUUGAUGCUUCGUGAUUUUGGAUUGAGAACAACGCAUAAAACUAGUACAAGGGAGCUUGAACCGAUUGCAGAAACAAAACUUGUACUCAAGGACCACAAGGAAUUGAAAUGUGACCUGCCGGGUGUUCCGAGGGGAUCGUUCUUAAUGGUCUUUAGUCCGGAUGGUACAAAAGUCGCGUCGACACAUGGGAAUCAUAAUAUUUACAUAACGGACCUCACUACUGGUAAAAAUAUCCGAAUACUUUCGGGACAUCCUCGAACUCCUUGGUGUAUUGCUUUUCAUCCGUCUUCAAGUGAAAUUUUAGCUUCCGGUUGUUUAGGUGGUCAAGUACGAGUUUGGGACCUCAGUGGAGGAAGUGAAGUAUGGAACUCAGACAGUCAAACAGUAAUCGCGUCUCUUGCAUUUCAUCCUUCCGAAAGAUUACUCGUAAUCGCAACGUACAACGAAAUUCAUUUUUGGGACUGGAGUCAAUCUGAACCAUUUGCUGUUAUCGCAACAAAACACGAGAAAGAAAGAGUUAGGUAUGUCGCUUUUGAUAAUUUAGGAAGAAAACUAAUCACGGGAAUUGCCAAUGCACCCCCUGCUCAAUCACAAUGGGAUCGUCCUCCUUUAGAACAAUUGUACCGUUCUAUACCCCGUCUCGUACGAGAAAGAUCGCAAGAAUUCGAAAUUUCCUCUCAGGCGUUGAAUUAUCAUUCAACGCCUCCAAUUCAUCUCUGGAAUCAUGGAAUGUUGCCGAGUUCAAAUAGAUAUCGAGAUAUAUUAGAUGAGAGAAUUCCUUUCACUGAAGGAAGAAAUAUCAGAAGGAACCAAUCAACCGAAUACGAUCCGCGACUAUUACAAAGGUUCUAUUUAAGAGACGCGUCGGUUCCGGUGGUUUCUGCGCCAAUAAGACGACCCUCGACGAGCACAAUUUUUCGUUCAAACAGCAUGGGAAAUCCUGUUGAAUUUGGUCGUUUGGUUGAGAGAAUUGCCGAGCAAACUCCAAAUACAAAUACAAAUACAAAUAAUAGUGCUUCUACUAAUCCGAGAAACGAAACGAGAAAUGAAAAUCGUUCCUCCGACGAUACCAACAAUGGACAACUAUCAACGUCUGAACUUCUUGCACUCAGUCUAAUUAAUCGAAGCAUAAUCAGAGCGGAAAAUAUUGAGAACGAGUGGCCGCAAAUGGGAGAGCGAUUAUUUCGCAAUGACGCCCAGGAAACUGAGCGCAGGAUAAAUCUUUGUUAUCGAAAUUUAGUCGAUCAAUAUCAAUCGGUUGUUCGAAGAUACUGUGCCAUCUCUCGAAAUAGAGACACGAUUGAUCGUGGAACUGAUCCAAUGGACGCGCCAGAAUCAUCAACAAGUUCGCAAUCGACGGAAACAAGGGAGCCGAGUAGAAAUUAUUUGGAGACUCAAGCAUCCGCUUGGAGUGUACGAAGUCGAUUGAAUUACAGUGCUCAAGCGAAUAAUACAAGUUUGGAGAAACUUCAACGAUAUCAACGUGUUUUAAUGGCAAGGGCCGAGCAAGAGGAAAUUGGCACUGCACUUCAAAUAUUGCGCGAGGCAUUAAAUGCAACAGCCGAAAAUAAUAGUGCGUGCCUCGCGAGAUUACAAAAAUUACGUGAACAUUUACAAGCGCACACAACAACGAGUUUGCAGCAAGUUCUUCGCAAUGCACUCAACGAUGAAAUUGAAGCACUCAACAAUAUGGAAGUUCAACUCACCAAUACAAGUUCACGAAUUGAAAUGCUUCGCGAUGAAUUAUCAACAAAUGGAGUUUUACGUCCCAAUCAGGCAACCGCAGUUUCCCAAUUAAAUUUUCUUGAAUCUAUUUCCGUAAUGUUAUCUAAUGACACUUUGCGUCCUUCUUCUAGAAAUGGAGAAAGUAGUAGAAACAGGAGUGAUGAGAGUCGAACUAGAGGUAACGAAUCGGAGACUAAUCGAACUCAAGAGGAGAAUAAUUCUGGUAGAACGGAACAAGGCCAAGAAACGGAGAAUCGAAAUGAAGAUUAUCUCAGGGAAAUUGUCGAUAGAUUUUUAAAUUCACGGGAGAAUUUGAAUACUGCUGAGGAAUCGAAUUCGAAUAGAGGAACAGCAACAACGACAACUACAACACCCAGGGAGGGAAGUAGCCGUGGGAAUUCAACUCACAGUAGAAGUAGAACGCAAUCAAACUCGAGGACGAAUAGAAGGAGAGUCGACGAUACGGAUACGGAUGAUGAGCCGCCGAGAAGACGACGUCGUCGCGAGGGUUCCCACAUUUGGUAUCCGAACUACAAUUCCAAUUCACGAGUACGAAUCGAAAUUACUGAAGACAGUUCCCCGUCCAGUGACGAAAGUUUCAACGAAGUUCGAUCACAACUUUUUGGCACCUCAAAUUUCACAGUAAGUUCGAGAUCCGCCUUUCAACCCAGCAUUCCAAGGCAAUCACAAAAUUCCACAAGUCCACCAGAAAAUCGCAAUGCCAAUCCAUCGACGGCAAAUAAUAGCGAACAAACAGAGAAUCCAACAUCUGAUCAAAAUAUAAAUAACGACAGAAACCAAAGAACAUUAAGCUUGAUUACUUAUGAAUUGCAAAUGGCUCUCGAUUCAUUCAAAAGGAGUCUCAAUUCAGAGCGAACAAAUCAAACGGAAAAUCUAUCGAGUCAUACGGCGGCGGAAAUCGCUCGCGAGCAAUCCGACAACGGCUACUGGUUACUCGAGGAAAACAGUAAUUCAGAUUCAAAUCAAGAGGAUCAGAAUUUAAAUCCAAAUUCAAGUUUCCAAAGAUGGACGAGCCGAUGGAUACAAUUGAAUCCAUCGAAUAGAGACAGUGAUAAUGAAUUAUUUUCCAACGAACAAGGCAGAAGGAAUACAAACGAUCGGGUCCAAUCAACCGAGUCGCGUAAUCAUGACAGAAAUCAAUUAUCACCAAUUUCGAUAAAUUCAACGCGUUAUGAGCGACCGCCACUCUUUCCGUUUAGAAGUCUUCGAGAGAAUCAAGCGAGACGAAUGGAAUCAAAUCAGGAAACUGCUCAAAGUGAGACGAGAGCGGAACCAGAGGCAAGAGCAACGACUUCCAGGAGUAAUGAUGAUUCACGGGAGGACGAUGAAUCUCGUAAUUCACGAAGACAACCGCCAACUAGAAAGGGUAAUAAUAAUAAUAAUAGUGCCGAAGCCAAGAGACUCAAGGAGGAGCGAAAUCGAAGAAUGAAUAGAGUUAGUCCCUUGUCGCAGAAUCAGAGUCUCAGUGAUAAUAUUGGCGUUCGUCAGGGAAUUCAACUUCUCAGUAGAUACAUCGAUAACAUGCAACGAUUGUGCCGUGCAAGAUUAGAGAUUGUGCAACUUCAGCAAGUUCGAAGAAUGUGGGAGGAUUUACAGCGGCAAAUUCGCAGUCUUCAUCUCACCCUGAGAGUUGAGGGUGAAAAUGCCGAUCAACAACCUUCCACAAGUGGAACGUCAUCUUCCUCAAAUUCACAAAGUUCCAUGAGUAGUUCAAAUGAAACCCAAAACAACGAGUCAGCGAAAAAUUUCAAAAAAACAUUAAUUGAAAAUUAUAAGAAGCAAUAUAAAGAUGGUGUUUAUUGUAAAGAACAACGACCGUCCACAUCAGCAGAAAGUACGUCGCAAAAAAUGCCAAAACCAACACAAGAAACACCUUCCUCGUCAUCUCAAUCACAAAACUCGACAAAUAUAAGUCUAUCGAAUUUAUUACCCACCGAAUCAGAAUUGCGACGUAUGAGACGAAAUAAUCGUCUUUUGGAAAUAUUGAAAGCACUGCGUGAACGUGAGACGUGGGACGGUUCACCAAUUGAUCUCGAUGCACCGAAUCCACAACCAAGUGCAAUGAGUGAUCACACUUAUUCCAGUUUGACCAGUAAUGCGACCGUUCAAUUGCCAAGUAUCGCGAGUUUUAUUUCCAAUUUGUCAGCGAGCGUGAAUAUUCCACCGAGCACGCAACUUCUUGAUUCAAAUGAUCCACUCAAUGAUGAAGGUCCAAGUUCGUCAAGAAAUAUGAGAAAUUCUCUAAAUCCCUCAGCAAAUCCAGAGAAUGAGAGCACAUCCGAGAGUUCAAAUUCGGCUCUGUCGAUGGAUUCGUCGCCGAAUAAUUUGAACAAUCGCGGCAAGCAGUACACUUACCAAAGAGUCUGGCGUUACGGACGCAGAAUGUACAUCAGGCGACCAAGAUUGCUCUCUCUAGGACCAAGGAGUAUGAAACGUGGUUCCAGAACUCAAUUCAAUCCAUUUCGGCAUUACGAGCAUCGAAGACCGUGGCCCUUCCGGCGAAAUGAUUCCCGAAUGACGAACGGCACUUCAGCAAACAAUAGCAGUAACAGUAACAAUGCAAACAACUCCACCAGCAACAACAAUAACAACAGCAGCAACAACAACAGCAGCAGCAACAACAACAACACUGAACGUAAUCGAGUUCAAAAUACAUCCGAAUCACUUCAAGCGAUGAUCGUCCGUCUAGAGUCAUUGGUACGUCAGCAAAGAGCACUCGCUCGAAACAGUGAAAUUAAUCGCGGUUCAGACAGCGACAGUCAAUCGGAAACGACACGCGAAACCACUGAGAAUCAAGAAAUGGAGGAAAUAGGCGAAUUCGCUCGUCUACGAGCGCGUCAAGUCCUCAGUUUAAUGGUCGAGAGUCUCACUCAAUUCUUCGAGGAGAACAGACCCGGAAAUGGCUCACAAACCAGCGUUCUCUACGAUCAAAUCUACAAAAUGUACGUUCUCCUCCAUCUCGCUCUUCAAUUAACCGAUUUACUACUCGAGCAAUUGAUAACAACUCGCCGUGAACUAGAAUCCAGUCAAUAUGGACCCUUCAAUUCGGAUUUAACCGUUCCACCCGCCGAUGUCAACGAGCGGCAAAAUAGUCGAAUUGACAAUGGUUUGCAGACAGAGAGAAAUCGUCCAAAUUCAUUCGAAAACGAAGAACGUCCCGAAACAUCACAAAGUGAAACAAGAGGAAAUGCAGAGCGUUCACAAAAUUUAGAAAGCAACGAUCUUCAUCACUCGUCCGAUCAAGAAUCAAGAAAUUAUCUCAAUCUCCUCGAGGAAUUACGAACUUUGUUUCAUAUUCCCUGUUGUAACAAUGAAACGCAACCGCAGCAACAACGAAAUGAAACUCGCGAGACGGAAAAUUCCACUCGUCCAGAAACGUCGAGACAAAGCACAGAAUCGAAUUACUUUACCGAAGCGGGUAGUUCAAGAGCUGAUUCAAGACCUGAUACUUUGAACGAAAAUACGGAACAGAACAUUGGUCACAUUACAUCGGAAAAUGCCCUCUCGGCAGAAGUUCAAAGUAUUGUGGAAAGAAUUCAAAAUAAUCAGAACGAGAAUAGCGAACGACCAUUGAACAGAUCGUUGGAGGAUCGAUUGGAAUACAGAAGACUUCUGAAUGAAUACGAUCGAAGAAGGAAUGAAAACGACGAAUCAUCACGUCAACGUAAUAAUGACAAUAACGAGGGUAGAUCGGUGAGUGCAUUUUUGCAAUUGGCAUCGUUGCCAACGCGUCCGGUUCUGUCGCGAAGAGGUCCCACGAGAUAUUCGCCAUUUCGAAGUGAACUUUUGCGAAUGAUACGUCACAGAUAUGAGGAUAAUAAUUAUUUCAGUCAUCGUUUGGAGCAACUCGCGAGGCCUGCUUAUCAAUUGAGACACGAUUAUCAUUAUGGAAGGAGUCGACCGGUUCCCGAGAGGGAAUAUAAUUAUCCACCGCGACCACCUUAUCUUAUAGCGAGAAGUCGUCCACUCAUUUUUGGCAGAGAUCCUCUACUAUCGUCGUCGGCCACGAAUAAUCGUCAUGAAUUUAAUGUGCCGAUCGUUCAAGUCGCACCACCCACACCGCCACAUACGCCACCUUUCUACUUGCCAAAUACGAAUACACAAAAUAGUCAUGAGAAUGCUAAUAAUUCGAAUAGCAAUUCUAAUAAUGAACAAGCCGGACCAAGUACGUCGAAUUUUGGAAAUAGAAAUCAGGAAAUGGGAGCGCAUCCAGCUUUUUCUCCGCAAUUUAGAAGAUGGUUUCUGGCUCAAGCUACUUGGAGAGGUUCUAGAUUUUUAAGUCCACGCUAUGUAUCAGCUAAUGGAGGAAAUGGCGGUGGCAGCGGUGGAGGAGACGGAAGUGGCGGUCAAGAUCCGGGCAAUGAUGACAGCGAUGAUGUUGAUAUCAGAGAUCAAGUACCUGUUGGCAUAUCAUUUAACGGUUUGGAAAUUCCAAAUUAUCGCGUUCAAGCUUGGGAUUUUUCUGAUGGUGAAAUUCCGGAUAUUACAAAUCCCGAGAAAAAUGUUGUUGUGCGGGAAUGUAAAAUUCACAACGAUGCUAGUAUCGAUAUUUCCGCCGAUGGAACAAUGUUAGCAACUGCGUUACCCUGCGGAAGAAUCAACGCUACCACUACUCUUGGAGUUUACAGUUUACAAUGGGAGAAUUUGGGAGAACGAGUUUAUUCAACAGUAACGGACCAAACAAUUGUCUCAUUAUCAAUGUCACCAGCGGGACAACAUCUUCUCGUUGGAAUUGGAUCGAGGAGAAUUCAUCUUCCAUCGAGGCCAUUGCCAAUGGCAUUAAUUUAUAAAUUGGUGAAUCGUGAACCCGAAACGGAUAAAAAAGUAUCCGUCGAUUCGUCUGAUUCAAAAUAUUAUAAUAUAUUCGAUCGUACACACGCCUGUAGUCGAACAGUUGUUUAUAUACCAGGAUCACCGAAUUUACGUAAUAUUUAUCGUCGCGAUCCUAAUGUGCCACAUCCCGAGGAUGAUAGACAAAAUUAUCUCAAUUGGAGGAAUCCAAGUCCAGGCAAUGAUAUCGAUAUGAAGGACACCAAGGAGAAUAUGAUUCUAUUGCGUGAAUUAUUACAAAAUAAUAGAGAAACAACUGGACAAAUAAGUUUAAAUUGCAUUCGAUGGAUACCGCAACCAGGUCAAGGAAUGAUUUAUGCCACAAACAAUGGUCAACUAAAUAUUCUUCACUAAAAUGUGAUUUAUUAGUUUUCUAUAGUUUAUUUUGACAAUUUCUCGAAUUUUUCUUCUAUUUUUUAUUUCUUUGGAAAAAUUUCCACUUCUUUAAUAUUAUUUAUUUGGCAAUAAAUAAUCUCUCUCUUGAGAAAAAAAGCUCCAAAUUUCAAUAAAUAAAAUAGAAGAAAAAUUCGAAAAAUUAUUAUCUAGGAUUAAAAUUAAUGUUCCAGCCUGUAGAAACAAACAAGUUUUCUGCAUUGGCAAAAUUGUAGAAAUGUUUCUUAGUUUACGCGUUAACAGUGAUCUAUUAAACUCUCUAAAAUAUAGGUUUAAAAAGAAAUCUUAGGAAAAUUGAUGAAUUGCUAACAAUUUUUAUAGUACUUUGCAAAAAAAAAAAUUUUACUUUCUGAAUUUUUUCUUAUUUUCUGGAAAUUAAAAUAGAAAUUAAAAAUUUGAUUAGAUUCUUAGAUUUCUUAGUAUUUUGAUUUCGAGUACUAUCAAAAAUUGCUAGCAAUUGAUUUCUACAUGAUAAAUUUAUAUCGGAUAUAAAUUUAUUUUCCCUUCAGUGAAUUUUUUUUUUGAUUUUUCUGCCAUCAGAAAAUAGAAUAAUAUUUUUAUUAAAUUCAGUCCCGACUCAUUAAAACCCGAAUAAAAAGAUAGUUGGCGCGAAAUUUCGUGUGGGGCUGUGCCUUAAUAAUUAUUUCCUCUCUUUUUUCGUUUUGCCGAAGCGAAGCAUGAAUAAUCAUGUCAUAAAAAAUCAUUUAUAAUAAUAUACGUUCGAAGUAAUAUAUUAAUCUUUAUCUUAUAAGAACAAUUUUUUUUUGUAUAAUAUAUAUAUAUUAUAAUUUGCAUUGAGCAAUUUAUGCUGUUUUCUUCGUAUUAGACUGACUUUUUAAUUAUAAUCUGAGUAUUAUUUUAUUUGAAAUUUCACGCAAAUGCAAUAUUAGAAUACGAGAAAAUUGCAAAAGCGUCGAUAAAAAAAAAAAAAGAAUAUAGUCAUCGAUUCGAUUAAGUUGUUCGUGCCAUAAAAUUUGACUAUAAUUUUUUUUUUCCUCUGAGAAAUAAAAUUUAACAAGUUUUUCUGAAAAAUUUUUCCGAAACUAAAACCAGAAUUAUUUUUCACUUUUUAUUUAAUUUUAUUAUUUUUGCAAAAAAAAGAAAACAAGAGGGAAAAUUUUAAUUUUCUAAUUUUAGUGAUAAUUGGUUUAAUUUUUUCUUUUUUCUUUUAAAGAAUAUUUUUUAAGAUGUGUCCUCUAAAGUGUGACACUUAAAGUGUGAUUCUUGUCAAAUUUUUUUUUUGUCAAUUUUUUUCCCUUUGAAAAAUAACGAUGGUUAAGUUUCGCGUUAAUAAAAAUUAGAAGUCAUUAUGGAGUAAUGUGAUUAGAAUUUAGAAAGUCACCGCCGUCGACUAUAUUUUAUGUUUCAACGUUACAAUUAUAUUUUUUAUAUAUGUAGAAAAUAUCAAUGAAUAAUUAUUUUUAAGAGACUGUAAGUGAUACUGAUGAGAAAGAGUUUUUUUCUUCUAUUUUUUUCUUCUUUCGAUUUUUUGUUUUCUAGCAUGAAAUCAAAUCAGGGGCGCAAUUUGAAAGCGUAAAGCUUGUAUUGUAUUCUUAAGAAAAAAAAACAAUUGUAAAGUACGUACUACGUUAAUAAAAGAAAAAUUAUUGUAAUCGAAUGUUAGUUCAUGGGGAGAUAAUCAGCAGAUACUUAAUUUCGUCUAAAAACGAAAUCACGAAUUUUAAGAGUGAUUUUUGAAAAAAUAACGUAUUUUUAACCCUUUAAACUGAUUAGUAUCAUUUAUCGUUUUUUUUUUAUCAUUUUUCCAUUUUCAAAAUCUUGAUUUUCUUUUUAAAUCAACGAUAAUAAUUCAAUGUCACCUAAAAUAUUUGGAAUUUCGGUAUUUUCUAAUUGAGUCGAAUCGUAAAAAAUUUGAUUCUAAAAUUUAACAAUUGUCAGGCAGUGUGACUUCUAGCGUCUUUUUAAUUUAUUAUUUUUUUUUAAUCUGACCAUUCUGUUUUUUUGGAAUCGGUUAAUUUAAAAAAUCAGUUUAUGCAAAUCAAGGAAAUUUUCCAAAAAAAAAAUUAUGUUUUCUUUUCUUCGUGACAUUUGUUUUGUCAAAAAAAAUAAAUAAAAAAAAAUAUAUAUAUACACUGUUUCAGAAAAAUGAAAAUGAAAACAAAUUUAAUCAUAUUAUUUAUUUAUGUACCCCAUGGUCACAAUUCAAAAAUGCAUACGCCCAAUGUUUUGUGAUUAAAAAAGAAUUGAUAAUAAAUUGGUACGACCUGAUAA